UCCGACCCGGAAGCGAAAUAGAGAGAACUUCCGUUCUUUGUUCUGUCCGGGUGUGUGGGUCUGUGACAGGGUCCAACGGGGCCUGGUCUGUGUCCGGCCCCCCAAAUCUCCCGUCCCUGCCCCCAGGCACUGCCAUCAACUUAAAUUAGAAUUCCCAGCAACUUGCACAGAGGCUUCCAAAUCCCCGAUAAUUGCUACUCUGGUCUUCUAGGACCUAACUCCAAAGAAGGAAGGAAAGAUUCCAGCAGUGCUUCCUGCUGAGUCUGCAGACAGUAGACCGGAGGCCCAGAACUUCUAGCCCUACUCAUGGAAACUCAGGCUGAUUGUGUAUCUCAGGAACCGCAGGCCCUGCUUGAGAGUGCUCUUCCUUCCUCGAAAGUUCCUGCAUUUUCCAACAAGGACAGCCUGGGGGAUGAGAUGUUGGCAGCUGCACUCCUGAAGGCCAAGUCCCAGGAGUUGGUGACGUUUGAGGACGUAGCUGUGUACUUCAUCCGGAAGGAGUGGAAACGUUUGGAGCCUGCUCAGAGGGACCUCUAUAGGGAUGUGAUGCUGGAGAAUUACGGGAAUGUGUUCUCGCUGGCUGUGGGCGAGAGGAAGUCAUUCAUGGAGAAGGCAGAGAGGAAGGUGUUACGGAGAAGUUGGGGAACUGUCUGGAACUGCCGUCUGAAGACCUUGGAACAUAUGUUGUGAUCGACCUCCCAAUAUGUUUUUGAUUUCUUAAAGCUGUAAUGAAACUCCCCACUCUUUUGGCUCUUCUUUGAGAUUCGGCCGUGGACUAUCCCUAUUUACAAUCACUAGGCUGCUUGUCAGUCAUGCAGGUUUCUGAACCCCCAAAUCAGACCUGUCCGCUAAUUUCUGAGGUUAGAGCCUAAAAACGUCCACUGAAAAGGAAGAACCAGUAAUGGAACAGAAAAUAUUUCUGGAAGGAGAGGAGCAGGGUCUUGUAAAAUAUUGUUUGUUUUAGAGAAGAGGCUCCGGGCAGGACCGUUUUUUGGAGUUGGGGGGAGGCGCUGAGCAUGGCCACUGCCGUGGAGAUUGAGACUGUGGAGUUCUAGGAAAGACCCCCGCACAGGUCAAACUGCUAGGCCAUGAACAGUUAGUGUAGACAAGAACCAGCCACUUCUCUGCCCGCACGCUGGUCCCUCGUGCUCCUUCAGAGCAUCUCCGUGAGACCUGGGAAUGAUCUCAACCGCUGUAUGAAAGUUGUAUUUAUUUUUUACAUCUCUUUGAAGCUGCCAGAGCAUUUUAUUCAUCUGGUUUUCCUGAUUAUUCCUGUCUCCCAUUAUGAUUCUUCCUCUCAGUCCCUGAGUAUUUUUUUUUCUUUUUUUAGUCCCCGAGUA